CAAUUGUUCGUAUUUUCAUUAAUUGUGCAUUAUCUGCAUCAGUUCUGGCAUAUUCACCUAGUAUAAUAUUGGGCUAAACGAAAGGAUAAGCCUGGUGAAUUCAAAGUAAUUUUGGAAACCUUAAGAAUUGAUUUCAGUUCACUUGGAAAAAAAUACGUACCUUGCUUAUAACAGACAGAAUAUCGGGAAAAGUGAAGUGUACAGAAAAGCUUAUUCAUCCAAGGAAAAGGACAUUUACACUUUUCUUUCCUUCAGAUGGGGACACCAGGCCUCAGACCAAGGAGUCAGUGUCAAAGUUAAGUAUUUCUAUGGAAGUCUUAUCCCAGCAAAGGUCCUAGUAUAAUGACCCAUGCAUCUCCAAAAUGGGGAAAACUUGGGAGUAUUGUGUCAAGAGCAAUGAGGAGAAACUUUCUAGACAAGGAAAAGUAAUCCAAACAGAAACUGCUGAUGAAGUCAGAGGCUCGGAAAACAGUAAAUACAGCCAAACCAUGAGCCCAGAGCUAGUCCUUUUUCCAAAAUGGGGAAUACGUGUAGUAAUGAAUCUCCAUAAGAGUGAUAACCAGAGAAGGAGCUUGAAGUCAGACCAAAGAUGAUGUAAUCAAAUCCAUUCACAGAAGAAAUAUUCUGAGGUUAACAAAUGUCAGAAAGCUUUUGGUUAUGAUUUGGACCGCAUUAAGAAACAUGAAAUUCAUGCUGAAGAGCAACUUAAUGAAAGUGGGAAUUCUUUCCUCCCAAAUAAUGAAGUUGUUCUAUGCCAGAGAACUCCUACAGGAAAAAAGUUUUCUGAAUUGACAGUGUGGGAAGACAUCCUGUCAGAAGACAGAUCGUCCUCUGCACACUAGUAUGGAAAGUCAAAACAAAUCUCACAAGUGCAGUGAAUGUGGAAAAGUCUUCUGGCAGAAGAGAAAUCUUACAAAACACUACAGAUUUCAUACUGGAGAAAGACCUUUCAAAUGCAGUUACUGAGGAAAGGCCUUCUACCUGAAGAUAAAUUUUAUACAACAUUGUAGGAUUCAUACUAGAGAAAAAUCUUUAAAUGCAAUGAUUGUGGGAAGGACUUUUCUGGGAGCACAGCACUGACUGGACAUCAGAAAAUUCACAUUGGAGAGAGACCCUAUGAAUGUAAAGAAUGUGGGAAGACAUUCCGAUCAUGCUCUAGCCUUUCUAAACACCUUAGAACUCAUACACGAAUAAAACUUCAUCAAUGCAGUAUAUGUGGGAAGGCAUUCUCUUUGAAGGUUGGUCUUACCAAGCCCAGUAGUAUUCACACUGGAGAGAAACCAUAUGAAUGCAAUGAAUGUGGAAAGACAUUUUGAUCAAGCCCUAACCUUACUCUGCACCAGAGAACUCAUACAGUAAUAAAACCUUAUCAAUGCAGUGUAUGUGGAAAGGUCUUUCGCCUGAAGGCAGAUCUUAGACGCCACUUCAGCAUUCACACUGGAGAGACACGUUUUAAAUGCAGUGAUUGUGGGAAAGCGUACCCCAGGAGUGGAGCACUGACUCGCCAUCGAAGAACUCAUACUGGAGAGAGACCCUAUGACAUUCUUUUCAAGCAAUGACCUUACCCAACACCAGACAACUCAUACAGGAGUAAAAUCUCAUAAAUGCAGUUUAUGUGGAAAAGCAUUCUAUCACAAGUCUAAUCUUACCAAGCACAGUCAUAUUCAUACUGGAGAGAAACCAUAUGAAUGCACUGAAUGUGGAAGGAACUUUUGCCAGAAGUCAGAUCUUAGACACCACUUCAACAUUCAUACUGGAGAGAAACCAUUUAAGUGCGGUGAUUGUGGAAAGACAUUCUGAUCAAGCUCUGACCUUACUCUGCACCAGAGAACUCAUACAGAAAGAAAACCUCAUCAGUGCAGUGUAUGUGGGAAAGCAUUCUCUCAGAAGUCUGGUCUUACCAAUCACAGUCAUAUUCAUACUGGAGAGAAACCAUAUGACUGCAGUGUAUGUGGAAAAUUCUUUCGCCAGAAGUCAUGUCUUAGACAACAUUACAGCAUUAAUACUGGAGAAAAACCUUUUAAAUGCAGUGGUUGUGGGAAAGCCUUUCACCAUAGCACAGCACUGACUCGACAUCAGAGAACUCACACUAGAGAGAAACCCUAUGGAUGCAAUGACUGUGGAAAGGCCUACAGCCAGAAUUCCCAUCUUUCAAUACAUAAGAGAAUACAUACCAGAGGGAAAUCUUAGGAAUGUGAUUAAUGCAGGAAGGCUUCCCCCAAAUCGGAGCACAUAUUCAACAUUAUAGCACUCAUGAUGGAAAGAAACCUCAUUAAUUUAAUCACUGAAGCAGAACACUCUGGUGGGCUGAUCUGGAUUAAAAUGAAAUUGGGGGAUAUUUUUUGAAAAGUAAA